AGACCGAGGAUGGUGUUUGAAAAUGUUCGAGGUGCGUUUGAAGCUGCGUUAACUGUUAUUGAGUAUCAAAGUAUUCAAUCUACGUAACUCAACUUGCAUAUCCAACAUACCAAUGAUCCUGUGUCUUUUUAACACAACUGAUGUUUGACUGCCAACAAAAUCAUUAUCCAGCAAGAUAAACAGUUUGCUCCCUCAGAACUCGACGGAGUGGAGUGGCUAAAACCGUCCAGUUGCAUACUACCAUCCAAAGAGUUGCCAUAGCCAUUGCAACAAUGUCAAGAGUCCAGAUAUCCAUUGAUCGGGGGGGCACAUUCGCCGAUAUUCACGCUUCGAUCCCAGGUCAUGAAGACGUUAUUCUUAAGGUCCCCUCCGUUGACCCGGCAAACUACAGCGAGGCACCCACUGAAGGGGAGUGGGACUACAAAGAUAAUAAAGAUGCACAUGGAAUAAUUAGGCUCUCUCGCCGGGAAAUCAGAUAAUCGC